CACUAAGCAUCUUUUAAAAAAUGUAAGAAAGCAUUCUAUUUAGUAUAUUUAUUUUUUUGAAACUCACUCACGCACACAUUACUUUCAUAUUAGGUAAUGUGGCGAAGUGUCUUGCAAAAGGACACAAUACUUUUCACUAACCGAAAGUGCGCAGUCUGUUGCCAUGGUUAUAUGGCGCAGCUGAGUCUGAUUACCUCUGUCUGUGAUAAAUCGCGCAGGUGUGCGUUAAUUGCGCACCUUGCUGCUCACUUUUGCGGAUGUCUUGGUGUUCCUAGAUUAGCAUCUUUGUAGCAGUUAACCUGUUUCUUUAUCAGAGUAGCCAUGAGUGGCGGAGGAACCCCGUACAUUGGCAGCAAAAUAAGUUUAAUAUCUAAGGCACAAAUCCGUUAUGAGGGCAUACUGUCCUCGGUGGACACGGACAGGUCCACGGUUGCGUUAGCCAAAGUAAAAUCGUACGGAACAGAAGAUCGACACACUGACAGACCAGUGCCCCCCAAAGAUGAGGUGUAUGAAUUUAUAAUCUUCAGAGGAAGCGAUAUCAAAGAUAUCACAGUCUCUGAACCUCCCAAACAGCACCAUGGACUGCCACGUGAUCCUGCAAUUGUACAGUCAUCCCUCGGGAGCUCUUCUGGGUACCACCCUCGCUGGAGCCCAUAUAGGGACAUGAUGCCCAGCUACAAUCAGCUUGCUGCUAGCACCUUACUGAACCAACAGUACAAUGCAGCUCUGGGACUAGGUCUUCAUGGCUUUCCGGCCAGAAGAGCGCCCAUGGUUGAACAGGCUGUGCAGACAGUUCCUCUGGCCCCUGCAGGUCAGAAGAAAGGGAAGACCCCAGCACAACCACAGAGCAGACAGCCUGUCCGCCCCAGCCAGCGCGCCAACCAGGACACCUCCCAGGCUCAGAAAGAAAAUGUGCCCUCCAAUCGGUCUUCAUCUCAACCAAGUGCAUCUAAAGUUCAAACCCAAGCAGACAGCCAGAAGCGUCGCCAGAAACAAGCCAAUCGCAGGUCCCGAAACCGAAGUAAAGGACAGCUUUUGGUAAAGAACUCAAAGGCUACAACUUUGCAGUUUGAGUCAGACUUUGAUUUUGAAACUGCAAAUGCUCAGUUUAAGAAUGAUCUCACUAAAGAGGUUGAAGUUGAGAAGGUGGAAUCAGGAGAGUCUGAAAGCUGCCCAACUACUCAAGAAAAGGAAAGUUUGAGAGAUAAAUACUAUGACAAGACAAAGUGCUUCUUUGACAAUAUCUCCUCAGAUCUCAAGCCCAGGAGAACUACUUGGGCUGAGGAGAAGAAGCUGAACAUUGAAACGUUUGGUGUGCCUGGGCGCUUCUUAAGGGGGAGAGGCUUUCGAGGCAGAGGACGCAGAGGCCAGAGCAACACUGAGCAGAGGCCCCUCCCAAAAGUUGGUAGUGGGAGGGUGUAAUUUUUCUUUUGUAAAUAACUAAAUUCUAGUUUUCUACUUAUUAAAUAAGUGCUUCCUUUUUUCCAUUGACAUGCUAAAUUAAAUAUGCUGUUUUCUUUGUAUAUUGUGCUUGUAAAUGUGUAAUGGGGGGAAACAUUUUCUUUACAACUGCAUCUGUCCACUAGAAGUGGAUUAGUAGUUGGUUAGAGGCAUGCUUUGAGGUUUUAUCCUUAACCAGCAUGCUUGUUUUUGUUUAUUUGUCUACUGACUCAUUUUCUCCUAUAUUGUAAAGAUGACUAGAUAGAGCAUCUUUGUCUUGUAUGAAAUGUGGAGUGUUUUGAUUUCAACAUGUAAAUUCUGUCUCAAAGGUGCCAAUUAAAUUGCCUCAAACUACAA